AUGGAAAAUAAGGGAUCAAAUAACAUUCGAGGCAUGAUGAUAGUCCCGCCUGAACCAACAAAGUUGCAAAUAGAAGCUAAUUGUUUUGAAAAGAUGAAAAAUCUCAAGUUCCUUAUGGUUGGUAAUGUGGAUAUUUGCAGAGGUCUUGAAUAUCUCCCUAAUGGAUUAAGGGUGCUUGAUUGGCUAUGGUUUCCUUUAUCCUCAUUACCAUCCAAUUUUCAUCCUCAAAACCUUGUUGCACUCAACUUGCCACAAAGUCGGAUUAUAUUGGACAAGCUUUUCAAGAGGAUACAAUGUAGAAGCUUGACACAUAUGAAUUUUCGUAACUGUCAAUACAUUAGGAAAUUACCGGACUUAUUGAGUGCCACCCCAAAUGUAAAGAACUUGGAUCUCAAUGAUUGUAGAAAAUUAGUCAAGAUUUAUGACUCUAUUGGAUAUCUUGAUAAGCUUGAAAGCUGGGAACUUAAUGGUUGCUUUGAACUUCGUAUUCUUCCAAGCUGCAUUGUGAUGAAAUCUCUUAAAGUUUUAUUUCUUUUUGAUUGCAAAAGGGUUAGGAGGUUCCCCGAUAUUCCACAAAGAAUGGAAAAUUUAAGGUAUCUAAGUUUGGCACACACUGCCAUUACAGAGCUUCCUCCAUCAAUUGGAAAUCUCGCUGGGCUUGAGAUUUUAGAGAUAGGUUCCCCUUUCUAUUUGUGCCGGCUUCCAAUUAGCAUUUAUGAAUUGCAACUUAUUUCCCAACUCUUGCUCUAUGGUAAUGUCCAAUUUCCGAAGAGCAUGGGAAUUGGCAGACAAGCCCCGUUGAAUUUUCUAAAAAAGUUAACUUCAUGUUUCACCCACUCAGAGAAAACUAAAGAUUUGAACCUCCGAGAAUGUACUAUUAGAUUUAAUAGGUUAGAUACGCUUCUAAUUUGGGAUGACAAGUUCCUUAAAAAAAUUCCAAAGCUUCCAGAAGCUAUAAGAAGAAUAGAAGCAAAUAACUGCAUUUCGUUGAAUUCAGAAUCAUUAAGAAAUUUAAUCCUUCAGUUUGGAAGAAAGUUAGGGCUUCCACAAGAUAUGAAAUGUUCAGGUGUGAAGAUUGAUUUGCAUUCACAUCACAAAUUAUCACAUCAGAUUGAUUUCUCUUCUCGGGUCUCCAUCUCUGAGCUCCGGGUACUUUUUGUUGAGUCCUUUCCCACUAUAGAUGUGUAUCUGGCGAGUGAUUUAGCAGAAAUAUAUAGUAUUAGAGUACCAGGAAAGAAGAUUCCAAAGUGGUUUAACCAUCAAAGCACAGAGGGUACCAUAUUAUUCUGGGUUGGUCCUGAAUUUCCCAUAGUUGCUCUUUGUGUUGUUUUUCAUCUAGUUCCGUUGAAGGACAGUUAUGCUGAUAAUGAUAGCUAUGGUUUUGUUCGUGAUGAUAUAAUCAGUUGGGAUUGUGAUCUCAGAAUUUUCAUCAAUGGUCAUAAGCGACCUUUUAUUGAGAGAGUGUUAUUUCAUUUUAUAAAGUGUGACCAUAUGUGGUUUUUGGGUAUGCCUCACAGCCAAUUACUGAGGAAAUUUGGAGACUUGAUGCAAGGUGAUCGGAAUCAUGUUGAGAUUUCAUGUAAAAUCUCUCAUUGGACAAGUGAAUUUGGAAAAUUUGCUUCUAUGGUUGCAAGGAUGGGGGUACAUGUGGAAUGCACUUGUUCUCCUCUGAAUUCCGUUAUCAUCCAAGACAACUCUCAAAAUGUUGAUGACUCUGAAGACACUAUGCUCACACCUUUACUACCUCCUUGCUCCACUUCUAAUGGUUCACAUACGAAUCUUGGGUGUCUCAAUGGACUCAGACGCUGGAGACCUUGGUAACCCUAGGUGACAUCUGAUUCAAGGCUUCCAAUGGAUAUAGCAAGUUGGUUCAACUAAAAUUUGGGUAUUGACUCAGCAGAUGGUAAUGGGUUUGAGUUGGGGUCUUCUUCAAUAGCCCAUCCCUUUCCAAAAAGAAAUAUUCCUAGGUCCAAGUUUUAUCCUGCACAAGCUCUACAAUACCGAAUGGCCAAAUUGGAGUACUUUUGGUCGACACAGGCCCUUUGUAGCAAUUAGCUGCUCAAAUCCGUUGCCAAUGUUUUAAAAGAGGUGGGCUCCAUGCAUUCAGUGGGAGCAUCUUCAGUGCAUUCGAGCAAUUCAGAUAGUCUAAUCAGGGAUAUGCCAGUCAUUGCCGACUUGAAACAUCACCAGUGUUUCUGAGAUACAAGAUAA